GCCUGGCGGUAUGCGUAGGAACUCGUCCAGUGCCGAAAACCUGCUACGAACAUUCACUGAAACCACUCGUCAGUCGAUUUUGAUUCACCGUUCUUCGGAAUUGUUUCGUAACGGAUCGCAGGAUCUCCUUGCAGGAAAUUUGUACCAGGCUAGCAGAAAAGCAGCAAGAUGCCGAACUGUCCCAAGUGCGAAAAACCUGUGUAUUUUGGCUGAGCGCAAAUUCUCCCUGGGCAAAGACUGGCACUCAGCUUGUCUCCGCUGCGAAAAAUGCAACAAAACUCUUGCUCCAGGUUCUCACGCAGAGCACGAAGGCAAGCCCUACUGUCACCAACCUUGCUACUCAGCCAUGUUUGGCCCUGGGGGUUAUGGUAGAGGUGGUGCUGAGAGCUACGUUUACAAGAAGUGAUUGUUGAUGAAAGAGAAUAUGUACGUUAACCCAAAUGAAGAAAAAGGAAAAUAGGUUUUUUUCUUUCUUUUGUGUCCGAGCCAAGCUAUUAUACGGACAGCCUUAUUUUUCUUUUAUUUAAUGCUAUUCUACUGGCCUUUGUGCAAUUGGUUCAAACAAUUACUCAUCCAACCAAAAAAUCAACAUAUUCAGCUUUCUUGUAAUGCGACUAAAAAACUAAACAAUGUAUCUUUAUUCGUUGUUAUAACAAUAACUGUAAAAUCACAUUUUCUUCAUUAGGGAUAACGAAAACAUAUCAAAGUGGAUUUUAGUUUUUUAAGAGUUCUAUAGUAUUAUGUUUGAUGUACAAAGACGGUACAACAUUCCAUUUUUUAUUUAUGUAUGAUGAAGCAAAUAUAAGCUGAUUUAUUUAUUAUUUUAUGUUGCACUUAUUGUUUCUCAUUUUUUUAGAUUGCACUUUAUCUCAUCACCUCUCUGUUCUAGUAGGAUAACGACAAAAAGGAUUUGCAUAACUUUGUUCAACUAGGUUUUGUGCCUUAUUGAAGUUUGGCUUUUACAUCACUAUAAGUGCCUCUAUUCUAUUACCAAUAUUGUGAGUGUAUAGUUGCUUAACAAAAUAUUUGCAGUGUACAUUUUCACUGUUGUUAUAGUUACUUUGAUAAGCUAAACUGAGUGAAGUCAUACUUUAUUAUUUAUAUUUGCCACACAUACCUCUGUAAAAUUUAUAUUUUGUCUACAGUUAGUUGUAUUUGUUCAGUGUUUCAUACCAGUGUCGCAUUACAAACGAUAUUCUGUUACCAUCACGUCAGAGAUAUUUGUAUGGGUACCAAUUUUCCACAUGUUCUACGUAUAACAGAAUACCAUAUCUGGCUUGAUAUUGUUAUAUUCACAUGUGGAUCAACCCAAAGAUAAAACAUUGGUACGCAUCUCUGUAAAACCUUAUUUCAUCAAUAAGUAGUAGCUGGUAUCAUUCUUAAAUUUGUUUCUGCAAUCAAUAAAUAAAAAGAUGUUUGGUGUAAUUUCCAGAGGUGUAUACAGGGUGGGAUGUCUCCGAAAGGUUGGGAAAUCUGGAAACCAGCGAUACUACAGACCAAAACAUGUGAAUUGACCUAAACAUACCUUAAUCCAAAAGUUGAUUGCGAGAUACAGGGUGUCAAAGUUAGAAUUUUACUUUCUAUUUUUCCUUAUUGCUUGAGAAGUAUUUCAGGUUUUGACAUAAAACUCGGUGUAUGGAGCUUUUCUAGUAUCCGUUAUUUUUUAUAGCCAAACGUCUAGAGGGCGCCACUUACAGCGCUAUUUCGGUAAAUAACUUUUUUGUGCUACCCUAAAUACAACUGACCAAAAAAUCUCAUUUUCUAGUAUCUCCACAACAAAGAGGUUCACUGUGUCUAAAGCUAAUAGUUUUCGAGAUAUUUGUUUUUAGAAGUUCCGAUGCAUUAUUUGUACCAUGAUAAAACAUUCUUAUAACAUAAUAAUCAAGUUGCUUUGGUUAAUAUCCGAGUAGCGUUUAUAUGGUUUUUAACAAUAACCAAUGAGGAUGGGAACAAAACUAAUAAACGGAAAUAAUAACUACAUAAAUUGUUCACUCUCGAGCUCGACGAACUAAUCCUUGCUGCACUCUCCAAAGCAUUUGGAUGUUAUUUUUCAUUUCCUGGCUAUGGUGGAAAAUUCUUUGUCGAAGUUCAUCUACAGUCUCUACUGGCGUAUUGUAAAUGCGUCCUUUUAAAACACCCAAGAAGAAGAAAUCCAUAGGAUUUAAAUCUGGUGAUCUAGCCGGCCACGAUACAGGUCCUGAUCAGCCUAUCCACUGGUCUGGAUAAACUCUAUUUAGGUGCUCUCUAACUAAUAUACUAAAAUGAGGUGGAACGCCGUCAUGCUUAAACCACGUGUUUGUAAUGGAACAUCUUCCAGCAGAGUUGGCAAUUGUUCUUCAAGGAAUUGUAAAUACCUUUGAUCAUUUAGUCUAGGUGGUCCUAUUAAAUAUUGUCCAAUUAUUGCUGCCCAUAAAUUAAUUUGAAAUUGUACUUGGUGGCGGGUUUGCAUGAGGAGUUUCGUCUGCAUAAAUGUGAAGAUUAUGCGAGUUAUUGGGCCCAUCCCUUCCAAAUCCUGCUUCGUCCGUAAAUAAUAUUAACGAAGUAAAACCAUUGUCCUGGUUAAACUUCCUUAAGAGCCAUGUACAAAAUUCUACCUUUGCGGGGUCAUCAUCCGCGCUUAAACCAUGUACUUUUUACAGGUGGUAUGGAUGGAGCAGUUGCUCUUGAAAAAUGGUAUUUACUGUACAUUUGGAAACUUGAAAUUCUCGAGUUACAUUCAUAACCCCAAAUGUAGGGUUUUCAAAGACCGCAUCUGUAACAUUUUCUUGAACUUCAGCUGUACGUACAGUUCUGAGAGCUCCACUGUAUCGACCCAUAUUUGGAGAAAAAACUACCUAAAAUCCAAAUGGUUUUUACUACUCAAAAAUGGCUAUAAUCAUUUCUUACCAGUUUCUCGUAACCGCUGACCGAUUCGUUGGAAAGUCUUUGAAUUAGGCAGGUGUCUAUUAGGGAAUCUGUCAGCGUACAAUCUUCGUGCUUUUAAGACAUUUCAUCUUGCCAAUCCGUACAUUAAGUGCAUAUCAGAAUAUUCAUCAAACGUAAUCUAUUGCGAGAGUGUCCUACUCGCCAGAGCUUCAUGGCCGAUCUCUGCUUUUACGCGGACCACGACCGCACAAGCCGCUUGGCGGCGUAUGUGAGGACCGUGGCAUUGACUGGCCUUCUAGAUCGACGCGAAGUGAGCUUGAAUAUUCUGGAAGGCCGCUAUGUGGCUCCCGAUUCUUCUCGACUCAACGAUGCGGACUAUAGGUAUAACUCGGCGGCCGGGAGAUGGAAGGAGAGUACGGUACGGUAGAGUAGCAGAGCGGAGCGGAGUAUAGUCCAGUCAAUGGCGCGACAUAAGGAUUAGUCAGACAUAAAUAGUGGUGUACAUAAAUGUUCUAUCUAGUCAAGAUAAAUAAAUUAGUGCAUUUCUCUUUGGCGAAUCCAGUUUUUUAGUCCACAUCCAAAAGAACCCAGAAAAAACGCUACAGUAUACUCCAUGAUGUUUAAUAACUUAUUGUCAACUUAAAAUUGUUCAUGACGCUUAAAGCAAUAUUAUGACAAACAUUAGAAUCCAUAGCAACGCUACUCAUAUAUUAUCCAAAGCAACUUUAUUAUUAUGUUAUAAAAAUGUUUUAUCAUCAUGGUACAAAUAAUGCAUUGGAACUUUUAAAAACAAAUAUCUCGAAAACUAUUAGCUUUAGACACUUCUAACAAGUAAACCUUUUUUGUUGUAGAAAUACGAGAAAAAAAGAUUUUUGUUGUAUACAUGGUAGCACAAAAAGUUAUGAUAAGACCGAAAUAGAGCUGCAAGUGAUGCCUUCUAGGAGUCUGGCCAUAAAAAAGAACGGAUUCUCAUUUCUCGUACUAUAAAACCUCCAAAAUCUGAAAUAAGCCUCAAGCAAUAAGGAAAAAUAGAAAAUAAAAUUGUAACAUUGACACCCUGUAUCUCGCAAACUAUCAACUUUUGGACUGGAGUGCGUUCAGGUCAAUUCACAUAUUUUGGUAUGUAGUAUAUCCAGUUUCGAGAUUUCCCAACCUUUCGCAGACUUAAGAUGACGCAGACGACGCACUGUGCGUUGAGCCUUUAUAGGCCUGGAAACAGGUAAUUUUUUUCUCACAAUUCUUUGAAACAAUAUAUACGCAGUGGGCUUUAAAAUUCAAACCUGUAUCUAGAUACAAGCCCAAUAAUUUUACUUGUGCGUCAAGGGACAUUCUUGGGCCAUUAAGUGAUAUUUAAUGCCAUAGGCUUCUUCUGGAUGCUGUGAAAUUAGACAACUGAUGUUUUUUUCAGAAUUUAAAUAGAGCUGAGUAGGUACUGCUAAACCACCUGUGAUUAUUUUGCAGUAAAAUUCC